CGCCGCUGUGGCUGCCGGGGCGCGGCUUUGCCCCCGCUCCCGCGGGCGCGGAGGGACCCCCUCUCGGUGGCAGGGCUGCGGGACGAAGCUGCGAGCAGAAGCGAGCUGCUGGAUGUAGAAAGAAAGUGGGUCGUGCUCACGGAAAAUGCCUUUAAGGGACAAGUGUUGUCAGACUGACCACCAUCACCAUGGAUGCUGUGAGCCAGUACACCUGUUGGAACCUGGUGAUCCUCCGUUACUGCAGCAGCCUCUGCAAACGUCAAAAUCUGGUAUUCAGCAAAUCAUUGAAUGUUUUCGAUCAGGAACGAAACAACUUAAACAUAUCUUGUUAAAAGAUGUGGACACCAUUUUUGAGUGUAAAUUGUGCCGGAGUCUCUUCAGAGGAUUACCAAAUUUAAUUACUCAUAAAAAGUUUUAUUGUCCUCCAAGUCUUCAGAUGGAUGAUAACCUUCCAGAUAUAAAAGAUAAGCAGAGUCAAGCCAUAAAUGACCUCCUUGAAGCCAUCUAUCCACGGGUAGAUAAGCAAGAAUAUGUAAUUACAUUGGAACCUAUAGAAACUAAUCAAAAUGCUGUAUUUCAAUAUGUGUCAAGGACUGAUAGCCCAGAUGAGAACACAGAAAGUAGCCAUACCCCUGAUCAAGCUCCAGUACAGGUACAGGAACCCAACACUGAGCAACCCAAGACUCUUUCAGCUCCAGCACCAGUCCCAGCUGGGGAGACAGUAGAAUUACCUCCUGCUGAUCCUGUUACAAACAAGGUGAUACCUACUCCUGAAGAACAGCCUCCAGCAGUAAAUCCUGAGUUGGACUCUCUGGAUAAUUCUGAUUAUGGCCACCAGUUGAUUUGUUGCCUUUGUAGGAAAGAAUUUCAUUCAAGACGCAGUGUACGCCGGCACAUUCGAAAAGUGCACAAAAAAAAGAUGGAAGAGCUAAAGAAGUACAUAGAAACAAAAAAGAAACCAAACCAAUGCUCUGCAAAAGGACGAAAUAAGAAUGUUCUUGUAGCAUUAGGUAGAAGUUGUCCUGUAUGUUAUAAAUCAUUUGCUACAAAAGCCAACGUAAGGAGGCAUUUCGAUGAAGUUCAUAGAGGAUUAAGGAGGGAUUCCAUUACUCCUGAUAUAGCUACCAAGCCUGGGCAACCUUUGUUCUUGGAUACAGUUUCUGCUAAAAAAUCUUUUAAGACCCGAAAACAAAAGUCAUCUUCAAAGGCUGAAUACAAUUUAACUGCAUGCAAGUGCCUUCUGUGCAAGAGAAAAUAUAGUUCACAAAUAAUGCUGAAAAGGCACAUGCAAAUUGUUCACAAGAUAACUCUUUCUGGAAAGAACUCUAAAAGAGAGAAAGGAGCCAACAAUACUGCCAAUGGCACAGAAAAAAAAGUUGAAUCAGCAGAUUCUGUAGAACCUUCACCCCCUUCCAUUACUCUUUCUCCACAGAAUGAAUUAAAGGGAACAAAUCAUUCAAAUGAGAAAAAGAACAUACCAUCAGCACAGAAAAACAGAGUUAAACAAGAUGCUGAAAACCCUAAAUCAACUUCUAAAUCAACCUCCAAAUCAACCUCCAAAUCAACCGCUAAAUCAACCUCCAAAUCGACCAAUGCAUCUGCUGCAGGUGGCCAGCAAAAAAACAGGAAGCCAAAACUUUCAGCUGGCUUUGACUUCAAGCAGCUUUACUGUAAACUCUGUAAGCGCCAAUUUACUUCUAAACAGAACUUGACAAAACAUAUUGAAUUACACACAGAUGGAAAUAAUAUUUAUGUUAAAUACUACAGGUGUCCACUCUGCUCUUACGAAACGCGUCGCAAACGUGAUGUGAUAAGGCACAUAACUGUGGUUCAUAAAAAAUCACCACGCUACCUUGGGAAAAUAACUGCAAGUUUAGAAAUUAGAGCAAUUAAAAAGCCAAUUGAUCUUGUUCUAAAUAAGGUGACAAAAAGAGGCCCUCAGAGGGAUGAAACAAAACAGAUUGGUUCAAAACAGGAUAUCACAUCUAAUUCUCCCAAUAAAAAGUAUGAAGGAGCUGAUGUUGGCAUUGAAGUAAAAGUAACAAAAAACUUUUCUCUGCACCGAUGCAAUAAAUGCGGGAAAGCAUUUGCCAGAAAAGCUUUUCUAGAACAUCAUAAGAAAACCCACAAAGCAAAUGUAUCUCAUUCACCUGAAGAAAAUAAAACCAAAGGCAGAAGUACAAGAUCUAAAGCUGUUGUCUGCACUUGCAAAGAAAGUCUGAGGGGAGAUCAAAAGUGCCAUAGUGCUGUACCUGUAUGGCCGUGCUUGUUUCAGAGGAUCUCCUUCUGUGCAGAUCGUCACGUGUCUUCAGUGAGUGCUUUGCACUGCAGACCCUGGCCCAUUUCCUCCCUGUUGAACCCUUUGACUUAAACCCAGGAGCUGUGAGAACCUCCCGCACAGUAUGAGCUGCAGAACGUCCGUGCAGAAAUUCAUUACUGAGUCCUGUGUUUGUAACAGAGCUGCAAGCAUGCCUUUCAGGAAAUGAUGUCAUCUUAGAGGCUCCAAAAAAUUACUGAUUUAUGGUAAUCCCAAUUUAGUUGUUCCAAUGGGUAAUAAA